GUAAAGUCUAAGGUGCCAGUUGACCGAUUUCUAUUCAGUCUCUCUAUAACUUCAGACGCUGCGAACACCUAAUGCAGUAGGAGGAUUCUUCCACAGCCUUAGCUUAGUAUGCAUCAUAACACCUACUAAAGUUCAUAGCAGAAUAAAGAUCAAACGUUAAAUCAGCCAAUUCUUCAACAAGUGUCAAUUAUUAUCCAAGCUCUCAAAUUAAAUUUAGGAUCAGAAACAAUCUGUUAUGAAGAUAUUAACAUAUAAACUAAAACCACUUAUCAAAAUACCUAGAAAUAUUCGAAAAAAUAAAUAUUUUUACGUUUCUCUAAUUGUGCCAGCGUACUUUUUACAUCGAUAUUCAAUUUAUAUAUAAAUUAUGAAAUGGAACUUGUUGGAAUGAGUAUUAACUUCCAAAAGUAAUGUUGAAGGAAAUAGUUAUUGGAAAUAUCUGGAUUGAAAUAAUUUUGAACAUUGAAUAUCAUAAGUUUAAAACAAAAUUGAUUAUAUGUUUGAAAUUAGGAAAAACGAGACAUUUGCAUGAAAGCUUUGAGCCUUGCUGUCAACAUUUUCGUGACCUAUAAUACAUUUAAAAGUGAUAAUUAGAAGCUAUACAUCAUUUUAAUGUAUACCAUCUAAUCUAUAUAAAGAAGGUGUCCUAUUUUCUUCUUUUUAAACAUAAAAUCUUGAAAGCUCAACAAUUUGGUUUCUCAUCAAAUAAAUCUUGACAUUAUCUUCUUUGUACCAUUUUUAUUGCGUGCAAGUUGCAAUCUAGUUAUUUUUGGCUUAACAGCUCAGCUGACUUUCGUAAAACUUAGCUCUGUUAUUUUCAUUGUUAAGCUAGGUACAAAAUAUUUGAGGUUAGGAAUUUGUUCACUUUUACUGUUUACAAAGACUCUCAUGCAAUUUCUUGCUCGUUAUAUUGCAUUAUGUCAUACUAUGCGCACUAUUGCCAAUAGGAGGUAGGAUUUGCCUUGACGUUGCUAAUCAGCGAUAUGUUUUGUCUACACACGUAUUUUCAACGAAUGUAAUUUUCAAAUACUCAGUAGCAAGUAUGAGUAACUAUUCUAUGAUAUCGACAUAUGCAUGGAGCAUUGCACAUGUGCAAGUGGAAUCCACGGAAAACUCCGUAAGCAUCAGGCUGCUGUGUUUUCUUUUUAUACUGAUCUUAUUGCAAUUGAGGUUAAAAUUAUAGGUACUCGUUGGCAGCUUUGGCAUUAGGAUAUAACGCCAAGGAAAGGGAUUUUUAUGCACCGCUUGUUGAAAGUAAGCCCAUCAGCUGCUCAAAUAAUACAGAUUUAAAUGAAAUAGGUUUAAAUUAUGAAAAUUAUGGUGCUGUAAAUGAAAAUACUGAAACACUGUCAAUCCCAGAAAGCAAAAAUGAUAAUGAUAAUGAGUUUGAACAUUUCCUAAAGAAGCAUACUAAGUUUGGUAUAUGUAAAGUACUUUUUAAACAGAUGUUUAAAAAGACUAGAUAAAGCUAAAACAAAAAAUAGUUGGGAUACAUUUUUAAGUACGUGCGGCAGUACCUUUGGCCUACGCAAUCGAGCUGGUGCUUCAAUAAGAAGUUCAGCCGACAUGCAUCACCAGAAGGAAACUAGGUGUAACUGGAGGCAGUAAGCAUCGACUUUCAGGUCGGCCAGCAAGUGGUGAAAAAACACACUUAAAAAGGAAAAGAAAUCUCGCUUUUAAUGUAAAUAAAAGUGUACCGAGUGCGCACUAAACAUAAAAAUGUAACUGUAAUAAUUUAAAAUGUUUAUAUAAAUAAUAAAAUAAUAAAGCCUGUAUUGUUCCUUUUACCAUAUCUUUUCUUUUCUAUCAGCAAGCUCAUGAAUGAACGUGCACAUGCUUAGAUAAAACAUACCGCCGAUUAGCAACGUCAAGGAAAAUCCUACCUCCUAUUGGCAAUAGUGCGCAUAGUAUACCCAGGGAGACAAAAUUGACCCGCGAUUAUCAAUGUUUGUACAAAGCGUACCAGCGAUUAGCAACAACCAAUGAGAGACCUCAAUUUAUAGCCUAUGGUUAAUCAAUGAUAAAUUCUGCUUAAAUGCCACCAGCUAGUGAUCACGACUAACUCUCCUAAUAGUAGUAUUCUCGCCCAGUUUACGACUCCGUGUGAACCCGCCUUAAGAAGAAAUGCAAACUUAGUGGUUAUUCAGUGGAAACAACAUGGAGGAUUUUCGACGCCAGUGCCUUCGAUGGUACGCGGCAGAACUAAUAAUUUUCGCGGUUAAUUUAAAUUUUUAACACGGGAUAUUUACGUGUGUAAAGUAACAAUUAUUGGUAUUUGUCGACUUCAUUUGAAUCGAUUAUCGCAAGUUACGCGACUUUAUUCGAGCGACACUCAAUCAUCGUUUUGGGAAGAACUCGCAUAUCAAUUUGACAUUUUUCGUGUGAUUAAUGGUACUUUGAAAACUUGUGAGGUUUUCUGUGAUUUUCUCUUAUGUCUGAUGUAUCAUUUCUAACUGUAAAUUGAAUGCAACAAAUAUUAUUUAGCGUCAAAACCCUAUUCAUUUUGAAGGAAACCAAUUAACUAACUAAGUCUACCUCGAGUACAAUAACAGGCAAAUAUAUAUUUCCAAAUACACCAGUACUUUUUGCUGAGAAAACUUAAUUGUUUUAUUACAAAUAAUAAUAAGCUAGAGAAUGACAAGCUUGUCGAUAAAUAAACCUGAAAAAACGGAAAUGUUGAGUAGUAUUCAAGAGGAGAUAAAUAAGGAUGAAACUGAUGUGAUAUUUGAAGAAAUUUCGAAACGAAAUAACUUUCAAGAGACGGAUGAACAGAAACUAUCACAUUCUGUUGACGAAGAGAAAAAAAGAGCUCUGGAGAUAUGUGAGCUGGACAACAUGUCAUCGUCACCCACGAUGGGGAGUAGACAAUUAAGUAAAUCGACAUCGGAGUUGAGUAGUCCCAGAGAAGCACCGGAUUUUCGACCACAAUCCGCUGCACCUCCAGAAACUUCUCAUUUAUCAGUAUAUCAAAAAGCACACAGUUUUCUUGCACAAAUAAAAAGUCGAUUAGGACAUUCUAGUAAGCGCGAACGUCGACAUAAAUCUCCGGGUCGUCAAGAUAGUACUGACUACGCGGCCGAUCUCAGUAGUGAACAUAGCACCCCAAGCACCCAAAGUCCAAGGCACCGGUUACAUAGCAGAACAGACUCUCCUUUGAGCCGAACUGGAGGUGGUGGUGGCACCGGAGGGGGUGGUGGUGAUACAAGCUCCCCAAGCGGAUCCCCUAGGCCUAAGGCGCCAGCUCCAGGAGCAGUGUCAGGACUUGAUCUUUUGCCUUCCACUACUAGCGAUGAAGUCUCCAGAAGGAGGGAAUUGGCAUUGCGGCAGCACUCCUUUUUUCAGUUGCGUAUCCAUUUAAGAAGAGGGCAAGGCCUAGCCGCCAUGGAUAAAAACGGAUUAAGCGAUCCAUAUGUAAAGUUCAAAUGUGGAGGAAGGUUAGUCUAUAAAUCGAGGACUAUCUAUCGAGAUUUGAAUCCUGUUUGGGAUGAAAGUUUCACAGUGCCUAUUGAAGAUCCUUUUGUACCUAUUGGUAUCAAGGUAUUCGAUUAUGAUUGGGGUAUUCAAGAUGAUUUCAUGGGCUCCGCCACGUUGGAUCUUUCCAAUCUAGAUCUAUCGAGAACAACGGAUUUAUCUUUACAGUUACAAGAUCCAUCUAGACCUGAUGCUUCGUUAGGUGAAAUAUUUUUAUCUGUCACUUUGUAUCCUAAGACUCAAGAAGAUAAAGAACAGUACUUCCAAAAAACUAGUAGGACCCAAGACGUGAAUAAAAGAUUAAAAUCUCAAAUAUGGAGCUCCGUAGUUACGAUAGUAUUAGUUGAGGGGAAAAAUCUUUUACCAUGUGAUCCAGAAACAGCAACAUCGGACCCCUAUUGUAAAUUUAGGUUAGGAAACGAAAAGUACAAAAGUAGAGUAGUAUGGAGAUCGCUGAAUCCAAGAUGGUUAGAGCAACUGGAUCUUCAUUUAUACGACGAUGGAGAUCAACAACUAGAAAUUACAGUAUGGGAUAAAGAUCGUGCAAGAGAUGAUUUUAUAGGAAGAUGUGUAUUAGAUCUAACCACGUAUGAACGAGAAAAAACACAUAAUAUUUGGCAAGAGUUAGAAGACGGAGCAGGCUCCUUACAUCUUCUUCUGACUAUAAGCGGUACAACAGCUUCUGAAACUAUAUCCGAUCUAACAACCUACGAAGAUAAUCCUCGAGAGAAACAAAUGAUACUUGACAGAUAUGCAUGGCAUAGAACAUUUCACAAUCUUAAAGAUGUUGGUCAUUUGACUGUUAGAGUAUUUAAAGCUCAAGGACUUGCUUCGGCAGAUCUUGGUGGUAAAAGUGAUCCUUUUUGCGUCUUAGAAUUGGGAAAUGCUCGUCUUCAAACGCAAACCGAAUACAAGACACUUACACCAUCUUGGAAUAAAAUUUUCACGUUUAACGUUAAAGAUAUUAAUAACGUUUUAGAAAUUACUGUUUUUGAUGAGGAUAGAGAUCAUAAGGUAGAGUUUUUGGGGAAAAUUGCAAUUCCGUUGCUAAGAAUAAGAAACGGAGAGAAAAGGUGGUAUGCACUGAAGGAUAAGAAAUUGAGGACGAGAGCCAAAGGAAACGGACCGCAAAUUCUACUGGAAAUGACAAUUAUCUGGAAUCCUAUUAGAGCAUGUAUUAGAACGUUGAAUCCUAAAGAAGAAAAGUAUAUGCAAACUGAAAUAAAAUUCAAACGACAAGUUUUUGUUAAGAAUGUUCUGAGGCUCAAAGUUUUUAUCAUGUACUUCCUAGAAUUUGGUAAACUAUUUCAAAACUGUUUUGAAUGGGAAUCAAAAAUACAAAGUUUCUCCGCACUCCUAAUAUGGUUGAUUCUCUGUUACUACUUCCAACCUUGGAUGUUUCCAGUUUUGAUACUUUUGAUAUUUCUGAAGCAAUAUAUAGUGAGAUCAUUGGCGGGUCCUCUUCAAGUUCCUUGGGAUGAAUCGCAGGAUUCAGAAGUGGACGAUGACGACGAGGAAGAUAAAGAAAAAGAAGAGAAGAAAAGUUUGAAAGAACGUCUACAGGCCAUACAGGAAGUAACGCAAGGUGUUCAAAAUGCCAUUGGAAGAAUUGCUUCAUUACUGGAGGGUGUGAAAAAUAUGUUCAAUUUCACGAUUCCUUAUUUAUCCUGCAUAGCGAUAUUUCUUCUAAUCGUAGCGACCAUUGUGUUGUAUAUAAUGCCGAUUAGAUACCUUCUGAUGUUGUGGGGAUUAAAUAAAUUCUUCCGGAGAAUUUUACGACCCCAUUCAGUACCAAAUAAUGAACUUCUCGAUCUUUUGUCAAGAAUACCCGACGACGAGAUAUUGACUUACGUUAAAUUACUGGCCGCUGGUUUAUCGACGCACUUGGGCCGAUUGACAGUUAUUCGAUGGUAUUUGCAGUUGGACUAUAAGGACCUCAAGCUUUUGAUGAACAACGAUAGCGGAGAUAGGCGAAGAGAACCGAAAAAGAAGCAGAAAAACUCCUAGUGGUCGCUAAACAGUGUGAAAGACAGAUGGAAAGUGCGCUUUGAUAAAAUCCAUGAAAAGUCUGAUUAGCAUUUAUAUUAUUAGUUUCUAGCUAGUAAUUUUGUAAAUUGAUACAAUGUGUAAAAUAUCUAUUAUACAAAUGAUGCAGGGGUUUCGAAUUCAAUUGAAUUAGAUAUCGAUCAGAUUAAAAUUCAUUUCAUAUUUGUUAUAAAUUAAUAUAUUUCUGAUCAAAUAAUCAAAAAAUCAAAAUAUGAAACACUAAAAUCACUUUUUCAUUACAUUAAAAUACUUUACAAUUACUCCUAUCUAUGAAUAAUUUUAAUAUGUAGUAGUUUACUAUUUAUAUUUGCAUAGUUCUUUAUACAGUGUGUCUAUAUACAGAAUAGAAGUCAGUUGUCGAUGAUAUCUAUAGAAACAAACAUAUGUGGAUUGAGAAAUGAAAUUGGAUUGCAACUUCAAAGUUUAUUACCCCUUUAUAUAAUCUAUUUCUCACAACUACACCUUUCAGUUAUAGGAUUUUAUUAAAAUCCAGAAUCUGUACUAGCUUCAAAAAAAUUGAAUAUUUGCUCCUCCAGGAUCUUAUAAAGACAAGCCAAUUUGUGAUUAAACAUGUGCAGUUUCUUUCCUUUUGACACGGAAACUACACUCGUCAAUUUCUGCAAGAACUAAUCUCCGCAGAUGCUACCUGAAGCAGUAGUACCGUGUGAGAAGGUGUAUCAAGGUUUUAUUGAUAUUCAAAUACCUACUUUUUGAAUCCAGAUUCAAAUUCUUCUAUGGUCAGAUUAAAAAUUAUUUUUCCUAUUUAACCACCUUUUCUUCGGCGUUUUCAAGCUAGCUCUGAGUCGAUGGCAUAACAGCUCAGUACUUUCGACUGACCAUCAUAAUUGAUUGAUAUCAUAUUUAUUUCUAAAUAUCUUUGUAUUAGUAAGAUGCUUGAUAAAUAACCUAGCAAUGAUGAAUCUUUAGUAGCAAUCUCAAAUAUUGUAGCACAAUUCCUUGUGGUGAUUUGUAAACCCUCUGUAUGAUAAAUUUAUACUAUUUAUUUUGGAAAUUCAGGUGAAGAAUUCCUUUUCCUAUUCCUCGUUUUACACUGAUCAUCUUGGUAAAUUGGUUUUUAUUGAUAAAUAUAUUGGACUUAUUGUUCUAGAAUCAGGUAUUAAAAUUGGGACGUUCCAUACAUAAAACUCACUCUGUAUAAUUAAUUUCAAGGGCCUAAGUUAGUGAAUAUCCACUUGUAUUCUAACUUACAAUUAGACUAUCUAGAAGAUGUAUUAUACUUCUCUGCAUGUUGUUAUGAGCUAUUAAUGUUGACAAAAAUGUCAAUCGACUCACGUUUUAAAAAGGGCAAAUUAUUAUUUUUUGACAUAAAUCUCAAGAGAUCAAUCCACUAGUCCCUUGGAGCUCUAUUAAAAAAAGGGGAAUAAUGAAAAUGAAAAAUGCGUAUUAGUCACAAUAUUGGCUUUUUCAAAAAAAUCGGUGGGCUUUUGGUUCACUGAAAUCUCUACUUUUUCAUGGUGUAAAAAAUAUAAAUUACUGCUUCUAAAUGUUCUUGAUUUUAGGUUCCUUCUGUUUUAAAAUUAGUUUUUUUAAUAAUUUUUGUAAGACAGAUGAAAUUUGACGUUUCGACUUUUGUUUAAAUGUUUAUCAAAAUAUUCUUAUUUUAUUUUGAAUUUCGUUAUUUAGAUGAUUGUUGUUGCAUUCAAUAUUACAUAACAUAUUUGUCACAGAUAAUUCUUUGUUACUAGAAAUAUUUUGCGCGAAAUUGGGACCUAAAGAUAAAAAUUCUUUCACUUCAUCUGGUAUGACAGAUCCAUUUUGAUUUUAUUUCAUUUGUAUUUUCAGCAAUAGGUUGUUGUUUUAAUAUUAGUUUAUCAAUUUCCUUUAAAUUUUUCUUUUUCCAUUUAUUAAAAAGUGAUUCAGUUCUUUCUCGACAUUUUUCUUCAAAUAUUAAUAGGAAUUACCUCAAUUAUUUUAAUUGUUAUGUUUUUUAAGUCAUUUUCUAAUUUUCUAAUUUAUUAGAGUAGUUGAUUCGGUAAUAAAUAGUAUGAUUUGGAAAAUAAACUUAGAUAAAACGUGGUUUUGAUAUUAAUGCUGCAGGCGACUAUUUGUAAAUUUUAUAUAGGAUAAUUUUAAAUUUAGAAAUGUAAGUAUUGACUUUUUUUUGCAUCUGAGUAGAAAAAUUCUUCGGUUUUUCUGUUUUGCAAUUUUGUGGAGGAUAUUUUCGUAAUUUUUCAUAUUUUAUUUGUCUUCAGUUCCAUAUGUGAGUUCAGUGUUAUGAUUGGUAGGCGUUAUUUCAUCAAAAUAUUUUGAUGAAGACUUCAAAAAAAGUUGAACCGUCAAAUUUCAUCUUUUAUUCAAAAAUUAUUAAAAAAACUAAUUUUAAAACAGAAGAGACCUGAAAUUAAGAUAUUAAAGAAAUAUAAAUUACUAAAAUGAGUUUUCUCAAAAAAUGUGAGAUUCUCGAAACUGAACAUUUUGUUCAAUCGUAUGUAAAAUUUUUAUCUAUUUAUUGAAAUUUUACACUUCUAUCAAUGGAAAAACUCAAGAUUUCAUGUUAUAUUCAUAAAAAUAAGUAAUUACAGUGUAAAAUUUUAAUAAAUAGCUAGAAAUUCUAUAUAAUGAUUUGGAAAAAUUUCUUAGAUUCGAAUUUCUUUCUCUUUGGAUAAUCUGAAAAAAAUUACAAUGUAUAUUUUUUACACCACCAUAAAUUCUCUACGAACAAAAAGUCCAAAAAAUUUGUUUAAAAAGCUGAUACUUUGACGAAAGAAUUUUCAUUUGAAAAUAAAAAUAAAGUAAAAAUGAGUAUUUUGACAGAAAAAACAGUGUUAGGAAGACAAAGGUAAGUUUUGUAUAAACAAAGUUCAGUUUCGUUUAAGAUUUUUUCAAAUUAUUAAAAUAAGUUAUUAGAACAUUUCAGAUAAAUAUUGAGGUUGUGUAAAAAAACUUUGAAUACGUUGCAGAGUAUGUUAUUACUUACACUUUAGUAACUUUUUUUCAUAGUUUUACCUCAUAUCGAGUUAAAUCGUUUUUUACCCUUAAAAAUUCAUCCCCUUCCACUUCCACUUCCAUACAUCAUUUAUUUUUCAUUUUCGCCAAUAGAUUUCAUUCUACUACUAUUUUCUUGUUCGUUUCAAAAAUUAUCAACCCUGGUCUAAUUCGUAUAGAUAUAAGGGUAUAUGGAAAAAUAUGCUUAGAUAUAGGUAUUCCCAUAUAUUUGAUUAAUGUGUCGUUGAAUUUAUACAUUUUUUAUUAAUUAAUUAAUUAAAACUAUGGAAUUGUGAUAUAUAAUGUCAUUUUCUAAUUUUUAUAUAGUUAUACGAUACUGUGAAAUAUUUUAUCUAAUUUCCUUUUCAAAACCGUUUUAGGAGUCUUUUUUACCAAUUCAAACUGUUAUUGUAUUCGUAAUCCAAAAUUUGCACUUAUUUUUGAUGGCACAAUUGUUUAAUCAAUGUUUUUAUAUUAUUAUAUAUAAACUAAAAUAGCUUUACAUUCUGUCGCAUUUUGAAUGUCAUCAUGUAGCUUAUCCUUGUAGAUAAAUAAUUUGUUGCAUUCAAUAUUUUUCCUAAAGUAAUUCUCUCCACUCAGCUCUCUAAAUUUGUUAUAUUGUAAAUCAAAUGUUUCCUAAAGUUAACUGAAAGAAGUUAAUAGUUUUGUGAUGCUAAAUUUGUAGGUGUUUUUCUUUUGUUUCCAUUUCCAUUAUCAAAACAUAAUUUUUAUUGUUAACACGUUAACUGCCGUAUGUAUCAAAAUAUGUUGCGUACAGUACCUCACCCGCGUACGUAAAAAUUAAAUCGUUUAAAAACGGCAGUCAACGUGUUAAUUAUUCCUUGAGGAUUUUAUAUUGAACUGGAUAAGAUUUUAUGAAAUAGUUGAAAAAUACAUAUAUGGAGAGAACUUUCGUUCUAUUUAAAUUUAUUGUCUAUUUGUAAGUUGAUGUGUAUUAAGCUUAUUUAUAUUUUUAAUAAAAAAUCAAAUGCUACCAGUUAUCUAUUAAUAAGUACAAUAUUUUACAUUUUAUCGAUGUUUUAUAUGAAUAAAAUACAUGAAUAUUAA